CUUCUCAAAGUCACACUUACAGGACAGCAGACAUUACAUUCCAAUACGGAGAAGCAUAUAUUAACUAACAUUAAAUUAUCGCUAACUUUUCGCUUCGAUUGAGAUUCUCUAUGUCAUCCAACGACGACAAGCCCUCCGGUGGUGCCCCACUUGAGGUUUAUGUCUUAGAUGGCGGAGUGGGAGUUUCAAGUCAAAGUCGAAGUCGAAGUGUCUCUCAAGACACCGAUUCUUUGUUCGGCGACCCUACCACCUCAUACAAUGAUGAUAAUCCAGAAACCGUAGCCAUUGUUACUCCUAGAGAACCUACGCCUUCUCAUCGCAACGAUCCAACGUAUGGCCUUCGAUGGACUAGUACAGACCUCAUCUGCUUCCCUAAACCCGAAUGGACCGUCGAACCUACGAUCCAUUCCAUAGUGAAAACACUCCAGCAAGCUAUCGAUCCAUCCAAACAAUAUAAUGUGCGACACCUUUGGGACGGAACUUAUGCCAAGUUGUUUUCCGUCUUGUACGACCAAAAGGAUUUCGUUAUGCGUGUCUCACUACCUGUGUGCCCCAAAAUCAAGACGGAAACCGAAAUCACAACGCUGCGGUGGAUCCACGAAAACACCAACUUGCCUGUUCCUAAGGUCGAAUGCUACCACUCCUCACGCGACAACCCUAUGGGCUUUGAAUGGAAUUUGAUGAGCCGGGUCGAUGGUCAACCCCUUUCUCAAUGUUGGAAUAUCGUCACUCAGGGCGCUAAAGAGCGCAUCGUUAAGCAGAUCGCCGAAUACGCUGCUACUUCUUUCAAAAAACAGUUUAGGGGUAUCGGUAACUUAUAUUUAUCAGAACCGCAUGUCACAGAUUCACAGUAUCAAGUAGGCGAGAUGGUCUCAAUGGCGCUCUUUUAGGGCGAGCGCGCCAGUAUACACCGUCACGGCAUUCCUUUUCGCACUGCUAUCAAGUGGACCAGGCGUCGUCUCCGCCUCAUUUCUGCUGACCUUCGGUUGAGACUCCAAGACAUGACAGA